AUUGUUCUGUUUUCUGAUAAACCAAAACCGAUGGAGACGACGAAGAUUGAUUCUUUCGAUCGUGCCAGUGAGCUUAAAGCUUUCGACGAGACGAAAACGGGUGUGAAAGGACUCGUCGACGCCGGAAUUUCACAGAUUCCACGCAUAUUCCAUCACUCAUCUCUCAAUUUAGCAACCCCGAAGCCACUUUCCUCGGACUUGCUACAUCUCACGACGAUCCCAACGAUCGACCUCGGAGGAAGAGUCUUCGAGGACGCGAUUAAGCGCAAGCACGCGAUUGAAGGAGUUAAAGACGCAGCAGAGAAGUGGGGUUUCUUCCAGGUGAUCAACCAUGGAGUUUCACUGGAUCUUCUCGAGAAGAUGAAAGAUGGAGUUCGUGGGUUUCACGAGCAAUCCCCAGAAGUGAAGAAACAAUUCUACGGCCGAGAUUUCACCAGAGAGUUUCUGUAUUCAAGUAAUUUCGAUCUCUACAGUUCUCCAGCUGCUAAUUGGAGAGACACUUUCUCUUGUAACAUCGCUCCAGAUCCCCCAAAGCCACAGAACCUGCCAGAGAUUUGCAGGGAUGUUAUGUUGGAAUACUCACAGCAAGUGAUCAACUUGGGGGAAUUUCUCUUUGAGCUUUUAUCAGAAGCUCUGGGGUUAAACCCUAAUCACCUCAAUGACAUCGAUUGCUCCAAGGGUUUGCUCAUGCUUAGCCAUUACUACCCACCGUGCCCAGAGCCUGAACUAACUUUAGGCACAAGUCCGCAUUCCGACAACUCUUUUCUGACGGUCCUUCUUACAGAUCAGAUAGAAGGGCUUCAAGUUCACCGUGAAGGUUACUGGUUCGAUGUUCCUCCUGUGCCCGGCGCACUCGUCAUCAAUAUCGGAGAUUUUCUUCAGCUUAUAACAAACGACAAGUUCAUCAGUUUGGAGCAUCGAGUAUUGGCGAACAGAGCCACAAGAGCUCGAGUCUCCGUCGCGUGUUUCUUCAGCACCGGCGUGAGACCGAAUCCUAGAAUGUACGGACCCAUUAAAGAGCUUGUAUCUGAAGAAGACCCUCCAAAGUACAGAGAGACCACCAUUAAGGACUACUCUACUUACUUCAAUGCUAAAGGACUUGACGGAACCUCUGCUUUGCUCCAUUUUAAGAUAUGAACAUGGUGAGCUACUACUUUCUCACAUAUAUUCGACAUGAAUAUAUAUGUAAUAUAUUUAGAUUUGCAGAAUAAAAUUACUUGAAAAAAAGGUCAAAAGAGUGCCUGAGGCAGAGAAUUCUCAAGAGGUUCAUAAAGAUCACUGUUUAUACAUUACUCUUAAAAAUCUUAUAAAGUUCAAUAAAAGCCGCAAAUAAGAGAUCUUCAUUGCUCA